ACACGUUGACAGUCAUCCUCUUCCAGAGAACCAUUUGUUACUGAUUUCAGAAGAGAAAUAUAUUGAACAAUUUCAUAUCCAAGUCAUCCAAGAAGAUGGAAAUAGAGUGGUGAUUAAAAAUUCUGGCCAUCUCCCAAGAGACAGAGUAGCAGAGGAUUUCGUCUGGGCUCAGUGGGAUAUGUCAGAGCAGAGAUUAUACUACAUUGACCUGAAGAAAUCAAGGAGUACCUUAAAAUGCAUCCAGUUUUGUGCUGAUGAGAACUUUAACUUAAUGUUUGAAGCACCGUUGGACAUACCAUUAAGUGAUUCAGUAUUUAAGCUUGUCAACUUUGGAUGUGAUGAUAUUCAAGACCAAGACAAAUCAUCCAAAUACCCGAUGCUGUGCAUUUUUACCAACCAUACAGGAAGUUUGUGUGUAUGUUAUAGCCCAAAGUUUGACUCGUGGGAACAAAUUAUGUAUACAGUGUUUUACUUUCAUAAAGGGCACAGCAAGACCUUCACUGCUGCUCUUGGGAGUGCUGACUCACAUGUGACAAAGGGCAUUACUUUUCUCAACCUUGACUAUUAUGUGGCUGUUUACUUACCUGGUCAUUUCUUUCAUCUACUCAACAUUCAACAUCCAGACCUGAUCUGCCACAGUCUGUUUUUGACAGGAAACAAUGAAGUGAUUGAUAUGCUACCUCAUAGUCCUUUGCAGUCACUCUCAGGGUCCCUGGUACUGAAUUGGUGUUCUGGAAAGCUCUAUAGAGCAUUCCUCAACCAGUCCUAUUUAUUGCAGUUCCUGUGGAACACCCGGCUAGACUGUGAGAAGAUAGCCGUGUUGCACUGUGUGCUCUCAUGUGGUCAAGACCCACAGUUCCUGGAAGCCAAGAUUAUUCAAUGGAUUUCUGAGAAUGUCUCUGCCUGCCAUUCAUUUGACCUCAUUCAGGAAUUUAUAAUUGCUUCUUCAUAUUGGAGCAUAUACUCAGAGACAAGUGACAUAGACAAACUUUUGCCAUGUUCCUCUGUGCUCACUUGGAAUGCAGAAAUUCCUGGGAUAACCCUUGCGACGGAAGAGAUCACAUUGCCUCUAAUGAAGAAAACAGGAAAAAGAAGGUCUAACGUGUAUGUGAGGAAUAUUCUUGAUAAUGCAAUAAAGGUGAUUUCUAACCUAGAAGCAAGGAAUUUGGUUUCAGAGCCAAGAUUGACACCUCUCUUCCAGGAAGAAGACAACCAUCAGAGGCUGCUUCUGGGGCUGAUGGUGUCUGAACUAAAAGACCACCUUUUGAGACACCUACAAGGUGUAGAAAAGAAGAAAAUCGAACAGAUGGUUCUGGAUUACAUUUCAAAAGUGCUGGAUCUCAUUUGCCAAAUACUGGAAACCAGUUGGAGGAAACAUAAUCUUCAUCCCUGGGUUCUCCACUUCAAUGGGCAGGCUAGUGCUGCUGAAUUUGCAGUCUUCCACAUCAUGACCAGGAUUUUAGAAGCUACUAACAGUUUGUUUUUACCUCUGCCUCCUGGUUUUCAUACUCUGCACACGAUCCUUGGUGUCCACUGUCUCCCUUUGCAUAGCCUGCUGCAUUACAUUGAUAAUGGAGUGUUGCUUCUCACAGAAACAGCUGUCAUAAGGCUCAUGAAAGAUCUGGACAACACAGAGAAAAAUGAAAAACUAAAAUUCAGCAUCAUUGUGCGGCUUCCUCCGGUUAUUGGUCAGAAGAUCUGUCGACUUUGGGAUCAUCCUAUGAGUUCUAACAUUAUUUCCCGAAACCACGUGAAGCGACUGCUUCAGAACUAUAAGAAACAGCCUCAGAGUUCUAUGAUUGACAAGUCAUCAUUCAGUAUAGAAUUUCUGCCUCUGAACUACUUCAUUGCAACAUUGACAGAUAUAGAAUCCUCCAAUCAAGCUCUGUAUACUUUUGAAGGACAUGACAAUGUGGAUGCAAAAUUUGUGGAGGAAGCAGCUCUGAAACACACCACAAUGCUUUUAGGCUUAUGAAAAAGAAAAUAUAAUUAUAUCAGCUUCCAAUUUUUAAUCUUGUUCAUAGCUCUACUUCUAGUGAGAAUUCUUUGGCAAUAAUUGAAAUUGGUGGCCAAAAUCAGAAUACAUUGUUGACCCAUCUGAAUUUCAGUUUGGUACUUGUUCAGCAGUUUAGAUGGAACUAAACUGCUGUACCUCAUCCCAGUUUUUAACAGCAGAUGUGGAGAAAUGACAAACUGUCCAAGGUGGCAGGCAAUGGCAUAAAUGAUGCUCUUCCUAGGGGCUUAUCUUCCUAGUGGCUUCAUAGGCCAAAAGCUGGUUUCUGUUGCACUCAAAUAAAAUAGGUUUUAUAAAUGUAGAGAAAAAUGCUUAGAAAAACGGAAACUGGAUGUGUCAUCAACAAUAACAUAUGACAAGUAGAAAACUUAAAUGUUGCAUAAAAACCAUAUUUGGAAAGAGGAUACUUUUUAAAAAACUGAAUUCGGAUUAAGUCAAAUCUGCUAUUUCCAGUAUAGAAUAAUUUAUAACACUCAGCAGUUUGUAUAUACAAUAUUUAGAGUAGGAUUUGUCUUUGUGAUGGUUCAGAUGGAACUAUAUUUAAUAUUGUAAGCUUUUUGUAUUUAUAAAUGUUUGCUUUAGAAAUAUCUUAAAAAAACAAAACACUG